AAUCUACCGCCAAAUCCGAAAAAUGGCAGAGGUUACUACUCGGUUGUGUACAUGACGACUAAGAUCUUUAUAAACAGUCAAAUCCAGGUAUAAUGGAACUGCUUAUUUAGAGUGAGAACAUGCUGCUCUCACAGGACCAGGCAGUCCUGAUUGGGCAGGUGUUUGAGGCCUAUGUCCUGGAGCACCACCGGAAUGACAUCUUUCAGGUUCUGCUGGAUGGAGAAGAGGCCCACUACCCUGUGGUCAUCAAUGCCAUGACCCUGUUUGAGGCCAACAUGGAGGUGGGGGAAUACUUCAACGCUUUUCCCAACCUGGUGAUUCCUGUGUUCGACGGCGCCCUGCAGAAGGCUGCUGAGACCAUCUCCAGCUCCUGCCCCUCCCUUCAGGGAGCCCUAGGGGUCAAACCUAACCUACAUGCACGCAUCUCAGGCCUGCCCGUGUGUCCCGAGCUGACUCGGGACCACAUCCCCCGGGCACGGGACGUGGGCCACUUCCUGUGCGUGACGGGCACGGUUAUCCGCACGGGCACGCCCAAGCUGCUGGAGUUCCAGCGUGACUAUAUGUGCGCCAAGUGCCGGUACGUGUUCGCGGCGCAGGCCGACUUCGAGCAGCACUACGCCCUGGCGGCGCCCACACACUGCCCCAGCCCCGACGGCUGCACCUCCGUCAAGUUCACCUGCCUGCAGGGCGACACGGCUGUGCCAUCCUCCUGCAGGGACUACCAGGAGAUUAAGAUCCAGGAGCAGGUUCAGAAGUUGUCUGUGGGCUGUAUCCCUCGCUCCAUGCUGGUGGCUCUGGAGGAUGAUCUGGUGGACAGCUGUAAAUCAGGCGACGACGUGACGGUGUACGGCGUGGUGUGCCAGCGCUGGAAGCCCCUCUUCCAGGACGCACGCUGCGAGGUGGAGAUCGUGCUGAAGGCCAACUACAUCGAGGUGAACAACGACCAGAGCUCAGCAGCCCUGGUGCUGGAGGACGUCCAGAAGGAGUUUGAGGAGUUCUGGGACAAACACAAACAUGACCCCAUCGCAGGCAGGAACCAGAUUCUGAUGAGCUUGUGCCCGCAGGUGUUUGGAAUGUACGUUGUCAAGUUGGCUGUUGCCAUGGUGCUAGCCGGUGGGGUUCAGAGAAUAGAUGCUUCUGGAACCAAGGUGAGAGGUGAGUCUCACCUCUUGUUGGUGGGCGACCCCGGCACGGGGAAGUCCCAGUUUCUGAAGUAUGCAGCAAAGAUCACCCCGCGUUCCGUCCUCACAGCUGGCAUCGGCUCCACCAACGCAGGUCUGACCGUGGCAGCGGUGAAGGACGGUGGUGAGUGGCACCUGGAGGCUGGGGCUCUGGUGCUGUCGGACGGGGGGCUGUGCUGCAUCGACGAGUUCAACAGCAUCAAGGAGCACGACCGCACCAGCAUCCAUGAGGCCAUGGAGCAACAGACCAUCAGCGUCGCCAAGGCAGGCAUGGUGUGCAAGCUGGACACCCGGACCACCAUCCUGGCGGCCACCAACCCCAAGGGCCAGUACGACCCCAGCAUGCCUGUUUCGGUGAACGUGGCCCUGGCUAGUCCCCUACUGAGCCGCUUCGACCUGGUUCUGGUCCUGCUGGACACCAAGAACCCCGGAUGGGACAAGAUCAUCUCCUCCUUCAUCCUGCAGAACAAAGGAGCCCCUCGUGAGUCGUCCUCCCUAUGGAGCAUGGAGAAGAUGCGGGCCUACUUCUGCCUGUGCAAGACCCUGCGUCCGCGUGUUUCCUCCGAGGCCAACACCAUCCUGGCGCGCUACUACCAACUGCAGCGCCAGAGCAGCGGCCGCAACGCCGCCCGCACCACCAUCCGCAUGCUGGAGAGCCUGGGACGCCUGGCCGAGGCUCAUGCCAGGUUGAUGUUCAGGGAGACGGUCACUGUUGAAGAUGCUGUGGUGGUGGUCUCAGUCAUGGAGUGUUCGAUGCAGGGAGGCGCUCUUUUAGGGGAAGUGAAUGCCCUGCACACGUCCUUCCCUGACAAUCCUAGUGAGCAGUACAAGACACAGUGUCAGAUUGUUCUGGAAGGUCUUGGUCUUCAGAAUCUCUUAGAUGCCGAACUUCAGAGGCUUGCACGGCUGAAAAAGAACAUCUCAUUCUCGUCUGGAGGCGGGGGCCUAGUGGAGGGCGGUGAGGGUCCAGAGGGAACCCCAAGCCAACGGCAGCGGAACCCAGGCACAGACACCCAGAGCGGCCUAGGCUGGUUUCACUCACUGGAAGACACUGACUCACAACCUCCACCCACUCCACCACCACCCGAGGCAACAAUCCCAACUAAAUCCACCACAGAGCCACCACAACAACACCACCAGGAGGAGCUACCGGGCCAAAGUGGAGAAGUUGCUAGUAACACCCCUACUGUAACUGAAGGAAAGGUGAAGGAAAAGAGAAACUUGCCAGAGGAAACGCCGCAGAGAGAAAGGGAGAGAAAGAAGUGGGCAGAAUGUGACCACAGUGAUAUGACGGCUGAGGCCGCGACCUCAGAUGACCCCGCCUCUGUGGUGCAGAAGGUUUCCAGAAAACUCCAUGACCGGCGGCUGCGGGAGCUCAGCUCAGAAAUGGAACAAGCCACCUCCUCCUCCUCCUCCUCCUCCUCCUCUUCCUCACUUAAGAAGGGCUCAUUACACCCCCAGCCCACUGGGGGCGCUGUGUCUAACAACACAGACCUGCUGGAUGAGCUGGACCUGCUUUUCUCCUCAGACUCGCGGCUGGCGCACAGCAGCACGCCUGUUUCAGGAAAGAGACACACGGCAAGAAGAGCCGACUGCGCCCCUCCCACUCUAAAGACAGCCGUGCAAGAUCUUCCAGGUGAGGGGGAGACUUUGGGAAAGGACUUGCGAAACCAAGUCACAGGCUUUGCCUUCAAGCCAAGGGACAAAAUACGUCACACAGAUGCCCCACAGAAGAGUGAGACUGUCAGUUCAGUUGUUAAAUCAACCAGUAGGAGAACUGAGCGUGCUGAGAAAAAGGAAAAAGGAAAGAGAGAUCAGGUUGCAGAAAGAGAGAAAGAAGAGAGAAGAAAAGAUGCUGAUGAUGACAGGAGUCCUAAAUCGCCACCAGGUGGCAGCAGCAGCACUGACAACAGGCUCAGAUUGAGGGGUCUGUCUGAGGCAGCCAAUGAGUAUCCUCCUGGACGGUCACAUGCCCAGAAGAAAGCAGGAACAGGAAGUGCUAUCUCAGGGGAGUCGAGUGGGGGGUCAGAACUGAAGCGUCAGCAACUGCUGCAGAGGCUGAGCUCCAUGGUGACAGGCAAGGAUAAGACUGCAUCAGUAUGUGUCCCACCUGCGUUGCACACACACACACACACUCCCUCCCCUCAUACACCUGAUCAAAACAGGGCCAAAGUCUCACCUGCCACACUGACCAAACUCUCCCGAUUCUCUUUCAUGGCAUCACCGUCUCCUAAAGACAAGACCACCAAUCCAGUAACAGCAUCCACACUGGACAGUCCACACACAACAGUAUCAACAGACAAUGCAAACACAAAAAUGCCCACAGCAAACAAAUCACCAGCUAUACCCACAACAGACAAGACUGCAACAUUAACCUCAACAGACACUCCGCUGGCAAAGCAGUUGGGCCACACAGCUUCCAGUACUCAUGCACAAAGCAUACUAAUCAAGAAGACAAGCAGCUCCACAGAGACAGUCACUGAGCCGCAAACACACACAGACACAGACACUGGGGAACCGGGGGAUGCUCGGAACCCCAAGAAGAGGAAGUGCUUUGAGCUGGGGUCAGGAGCUGGAAAGGGGCUCUUUUCUGGCCUGUCCUUCUUCACAUCCGCUGGGCUGGAGGAUGACUCUCUGCUGGACCUCGACUGGGAGGAUGAGCCCAGCAAGAGAGCCAAGUUCUAAUUUGGCUGGAGUGAUUGUUUAGAGGGAAGAGAAAGUGGUGUCCCGAGUGAAAGUACAAAAGUAUGCAAUUACUGAAGUUCUGAACAGACAUUUUGUUUUUUGUAAACCAGAGGGUCUGACUGCAUUUGCUGCUUCAGUAUGACAAAAAAGGAGAUAUGGUUGUCAUGUCAGAACAUGAAUUAUGUUUCUUUUAUUAUAUCACAAAAUUAUUUUAUUAAAUACAUUACUUUACAGUG